GCUGCCUCCAUCCAGACCUGCGACCUUACACCCCCUCCUCCAUACGAGUCCCCCUUCCCCCCUCCUUUGAGCAAAGAGGGUGCCGGCAGUCGGACCCCGAUCUGCCCACAUGAAUCGUCCGGCCGGCUGGUCGACUCCACAGCGUUAAUGUCCAUCUCGGGUCCGACGAGACCAGCUCAGAGGGGCCCGUGUUGGAAGGAGAUCUAAGAUGAAGUUAUGGGAUGUUGUGGCUGUCUGCGUGGUGCUGCUCAACACGGUCUCCACCUUGCCCCUGCCCACCGGUAAGACGCCUCCCAAGGGGUCCCCUUCAGUGGUAGAGGGACCUGAAGAUGAUCUCUCCCCCAUCAGCCUGCUGCCUCCCUAUGCUGUUCACAGUGACUCUAAUAUGCCAGAGGAUUAUCCAGAGCAGUUUGAUGAGGUAGUGGACUUUAUUCAAGCCACUAUUAAAAGACUGAGGAGGUCACCAGAUAAACAGACUCCAGUUUUUUCUAGGCGGGAGAGAAACCGUCAAAAUGCAGCCACAAACAUAGAGAAUUCCAACAAAAAAGGAAGGAGGAAUCAAAAGGGCAAAAAUCGAGGAUGUGUCUUAACAGAAAUACAUUUAAAUGUGACCGACUUGGAUUUGGGAUAUGAAACCAAAGAAGAGCUAAUUUUCCGGUAUUGCAGUGGAUCUUGUGAUGCAGCUGAGACCACCUAUGACAAAAUUUUAAAAAACUUAACCAGAAAGAAAAAACUGGUCACUGACAAAGUGAGGCAAGCCUGUUGCAGACCCACAGCCUUUGAUGAUGACCUGUCCUUUUUGGAUGAUAACCUGGUUUACCACAUACUGAAAAAACAUUCCGCGAAAAGGUGUGGAUGCGUCUGACGGCUGCAUGUCGAGGCGGCACCAGUUUUCCAUUCCUGCUAUGCUGCAAAGAGAGGGACCAAGGUUCCCAGGGAAGUGUCUGCUCCAAGUGGAGGAAAAAGGACCAAGAACACAGACUAAGGAGCCAUGAGAGCCUGGGGACAAGGAGGCAUGCGGCAGAGUAGAAGGAUGGAGACUUCUGGCGUCCUAUGGGGAUUUAGAUAAAAGCUCAGGUGGAGAUGACGAUGGAUGGAUGAUGUGCACGCUACCUUUCCUGUUUGACUCAGUCCACCAUCAGUGAGACUCAAUCCAUGAGGAACGUGCUUAAAAACACAACCCUGCCAUACCACGCUGUGUUGUAGUUUUGCCAUGAUAUACCAGUUAUACCAAGAAGCUUAGCUAAGAAGUAGCUUAGGAGUCCCUUACUAAUCCCCUGUGCCCUCAGCUCUACUGAAAGACACGUUGUGCUACUGCUCACUGGAGAGCAGUUCCCGAGUGCUUAGGACAACUCCUAAGCUAUAAGAUUACCCUUGUAAGUAAGAUGAUAUUGGGCAAAUACCAAAAUGAACAGGCUCAAGUUCUUAUGAAGCAAAACAGUUCCUCUUACUGGCUAAGUUUGGUUAUUUCCAUCUUGCGUUUCCUUCAAAAUGAGUGCAGAAUUUUGUUCUUCUGCUACCUGUGAAAACAAGUUGAGUUUUUAAGCACUUCUUCCUAGUAUAGUAAGAGAAGUAACAAGCCCAGCCUACACAAAAUGCGUUUCUUUAGGUUUACAAAGGACUAACGUCACUUGCAUAACUACAUUUCUAUUUGGUCAUUGUGAUUGAGAGAGACUACUUGAUGCAAUGCAUCCCUUCAGAGACAUAAGUAUACAGAAGAUAUUUAUUGAGAUUAAGUUAUUGUUAUUUAUUACAGUUCAGUAAUGAGUCUCCUUAUUUAUUAAAGUGUCUUUCAAAGGUGCCAAAGUAGAUGGCACUUGGGGAUAUAGAGAGACAAAGACGUUGGGAACAACGGUCCAUGCUUUUGAUUGAAGGUGUUAACUUGAAUGCAAAAAAUCACUUACUUUACCUUUUUUUCUUUUAAACAAAAUCUUGAUUAUGUUCACAAAAGGUAGUGCUGAAGCCUGCAGCCCUUAUUCCUGUCACUAAGCCUUUUCAAAAUUACUGCAGUCGUGCAUGUGCAGGAGCAGCAAUGGCUCUGGACGAGUGAGGGUCGCAGGACUUGGCUCAACAUUAGCAAUUUGUUAGAAAAACUAAUUUUAGUCAUAUUUUAAAUGUAGCCACAUUUUGUUUUCUCACACUUUAUGCCAACUGACCUCAUAUAACUAUUGACAAAUGGAAAAUAAUCACAUUUAGCCUUAUAAUUUCUAGUUAUAUUUAUUUAAGCUUUUCCUUCCAUACUUCCAUAUAGAAGAGGUUAAAUUCCUCUUACUAGUUGUUAGCCCUGGAUUUAAUAUAGCCUGCAAGUAAACAGUUGUGUUAAAUAACCAGAGUGUUUUGUAUAAUUUGCUGAAACAUUACAGGAUCAUACCCAUGCAGCAGAACAGUCCAAGUUUCCUUAGGAGUAGGGAGGCUGUACAGCAAAGGUGUUGGUACGUGACUGCUAACACAAGCUCUCAUUCUGGAGACAUUUUUCCCAAAAGAGCAGGAGUGCAGGUCACUAGACAUACCCGACAACCAGUGAAGCAUCAACUCCCACAAAAGCAACAUGAAAAAAACAUCCUUAUUGAAAACCACGGUCCAGCCUUUUAUCUCAUGCAUGUAAUGGCUCUCCAUACCCAUUUUGCCCUGGGCCCCUUGGGGCACCACUGAGGAAGGGUCUAGAGGUCAAGAAAGUCCAGAACAGGCGUAGAAAGGUGUACCAGGUGCAUGGCAUGUGAUUCAUCCCAGCUUCCGCCACUUUCCCGGGCAGAGGGAGGACAGACCUGGAGAGGCAGCCGCAGGGUCUGUUCUCACACUGCCUCGAGGACGCCGUGCCCCCCGUGCUGCUCGGGGGUGGUGACACCACCACAGUGUCACGAGGUGGCACCGAGCGCCUGCCGGGCGGAGGCUCAGCUGCGCUGCCGGGCAGCUGGUCGGCGACAGCGCUCAGAGCUGCGCUUUCUCUUGCCCCAGCUGAUGAAAACUUGCCUCAAAGCAUUUUCUGUGCAGCUUGAAGAGGCUGCAGCCAAAGCAAAUUACUAUGUUCAAAAUACAAAAGGGUAAAGUUUGUGAUUUUUUUUUUUUUUUUUUUAGGUUUUUGGUUGGUUUUUUUUUUUAGUUUUUAGACCUUACUGAAGACAGGAGUGUGCUUCUCUGGAUUUUUUUACUUCACCUGCAAUUAUAUGUCUCAGUCAUUUGUGUUAAUCAACCAAAGUUCU